AUGGCAACAGACAAUGACGAUGCAUCUGGAUAUGAAAAAGGGAUGCUCUUUUCAUGGCACCUGCUACCCCCUAGCCUGACGUUGUUGUGGCUGUACUCAACUAGCGCUCUCUGCCCCACCUCCUGCACUUGCAAACAAAGCGACAACGGCCAGCGGAAGGUGUCUUGCGUCAAAGGUGGCAUGCGGGAUCCCAUUCCCACAUCAGAGAUGGACCCCGGCGUGGAAAUCUUGGAGAUUUCGGCCCCUGCGGGCAACCGCAAUACCCUGUCGAUCGCCCCGAUUUUCCAGCAGUUCAAGCAACUCAAGGAAGUCUCCAUAAGGCAUUCCAACGUACAUCAGAUUACCAUGCACGCGUUCUGGGGGGUUCCCUCUAUAAAACUCUUGGACUUGUCUUAUAAUAACAUUAGUACGGUGUUGGAUCACAACUUCCGCGGGUUAGUGAAUUUGUUGGAGUUAAAUCUGGACGAUAAUAGGAUAGAGAGGUUGCAGAUAGGCGCGUUUAAACACCUAACCGAGUUAAGGAUAUUGACUCUGCAAAGGAAUUUGCUGGAAGAAAUAGUGCCUCGUGUGUUCCUUAAACUUGCUAAACUGCAUGUGCUCAAGCUUAGUGAGAAUAAGUUCGAAGAAUUCGAUCCUGAAGUGUUCAAGGACAUUCCGGACCUCCGCGUGCUCGAGCUGCGAGGGUGCGGAAUCAAAAGAAUAAACACUCAACUCUACCACUUGCUGCCUUAUCUCUCUCAUCUGGACCUGGGGAACAAUCGAUUCCAGUUCCUGGCCGAGGACGAGUUCCAGGACCUGCACCGCCUGCACAGCCUCAAGCUAGACGGCAACUUGCUGCCCGUCAUCCUGGACAAGACCUUCGUCAAGCAGCAGCAGUUGAAGUAUCUCUGCCUCGCCAGGAAUAGGUUAGCUAAGAUAACGGACGCCGCUUUUGUCAAUCUGACGAACCUGGUGGAGCUGGACAUCAGCUUCAACAGGAUGAAGAAGCUGGACAGCGUGGCGUUGUCCCAUUUGGCGGAUACUUUGCAGAAGUUGCUGAUCAGCGGCAACAAGUUCCCUUGGAGUUUGAUGAAACCUAUUUUCCAAACAAUGAACAAGGUUUGGUAUUUGGAGAUUGCUCAAAUGAACCUCAGAAGCAUCCCUGAGAGGUUCCUACCAGACAGGAUUAAGAAUUUGAAUGUUUCUUGGAACAAUAUAACAUCUGUAAGUGUGCAAGCGUUUCCCAGGCACCUACAGGACAUUGAUCUGUCACACAAUGAACUCAAAGGAUUAAACGAUAGCGUUAUAAUAAAACUAGAGACUUUAAAGCAUGUGAACUUGUCCGGUAACCCUUGGACCUGCAGUUUAUGUCACAUUACCUCAAUAUUGUUUCGCGUGAACAAAACGGAACUUUUUAAAAAUUUAACAUGUGCCUCUCCCAAGAGUCUGAAGGGUCUAAAGCUCAGCGCCCUUCGCUUAGAAGACGUGACGACGUGCAGGUCGAAAAACGACGACGAUAGUUCUUCAGGUGAUAAUAAACUAAGUUUGCUCAUAGGGUUAAUAUGUAUUGUGAUUCUUGCGAUCUUAUCGAUAAUUUUCGUUGUGUGUUCGUGUGUGAGAAGACACGCCAGGAACUUGCAGAGGCAGCAAAAAAGAGCGGCCGAGGAAGCUGAGAACAGUCUGAGAAGUGCUACGGCGAUAUUCUGCAAAGGGGAGAUUAGUUUUAAGUUUCCUUUGGACUUGACGGAGAGAAAGAUGUCGGUGUCGACCAUCGAUGAAAUCAAGAGGGAUUCCCAACAGAGCUUGCCUAACGGGACGGGAACUGGGAUUUGA